CUCUUAUCGUGACUAUCAGACAUAAAAUACAAGUCCAUAUCAUCCAGUCUCAAUCUAUUCUUUUUCUAUUUAAUUCAGCCCAUUAAAAAAGAUCAAAUGCUUCAACUCUAUCGUAACACUUUGCCCGUCCGAGUGCUGCUUGGCCCCAAUAGGCUUAGCCCCCCACUGCCUGAGCUAUCCCCUCCUUGACCCCUCCAAAAAGCUUACAUAGCAAGCAAUCGCAAUCCAUUCGCAGGCUUCCAACCCGUUACACAAUCAUCACCAGUUUGUUUCUCUCUCUUUCUUUCUCCCCAUAAAGACCAGCCUCACCCUUUUCUUUUUCUUUAUUCCUCUACUCUGCCCUAUAUAACCGCCUGACCGAAUCACGCUGCUACAAACAACAAACACAACAUUCGCAGAAAUGACAGACUCGCUGGUUCACGUCACCUCCAAGGCGCAAUUCGACGACCUUCUUAGCAGUUCCCGCAUCGUCGUCGCCGACUUCUACGCCGACUGGUGCGCGCCCUGUAAACAAAUUGCGCCUCUCUACGCAUCCCUCGCCGAGCAAAUCUCCCGCCCAAACCUCCUCACCUUUGUCAAGAUCGACAACGACGCCAACCAGGAUCUCGCAAAAGAGUAUGGCAUCACUGCCCUGCCUACCUUCCUCUUGUUCCGAAGCGGCCAAGUCAUCCACAAAGUCCAGGGCGCAAACCCGACCGAGCUCAGAGCCGUGAUUGAGAAGCUGGCCUCCGAACUGGAGUCGCUGGCAGAGGGCUCGGGCUCAGGCUCAGGAACUGGCGGCAUCUGGAAGGGCGCCGAGAUCCCCAGAGGCUACAGCGACAUCACAGACCAGGUCGAGCUUAGAGGGUGUGAACUCUUGAAUGCCGACGACGAUGCUGGCCCUGUCAAGGUUCUCUUUGAGAGCUCUCAGCCGAGUGCCUUGAGAGAGGGUGCGUCGGCUGCCAAGGACUGGGUGCAGAGCGGAUCCGACGACCAGCUUCUCCUCUUUAUCCCCUUCCAGUCGACCAUCAAGCUCCAUACACUACAGAUCACCUCCUUCCCCCCCGAGGGCAACAGCGAUGUAUCACGACCCGGCGUCCUCCAUCUCUUCAUCAACCGCACAUCCAACAUGGACUUUGGGGAGGCAGAGGAUGCAGAGCCCACACAGGCCAUCACACUGGAGCCCCAGGACUGGAACGCCGACGGCACGGCAAACAUUAGCCUGCGAUUUGUCAAGUUCCAAAAGACAACGACCCUCACCAUUUUUGUCCAGAAAGGCGACGGCGAGGCGGAGACUGUGCGCAUCGACCGGAUCAAGCUCAUUGGAGAGGCUGGUGCGAAGAGGGACAUGGGCAAGUUGCAAAAAAUGGAUGAUGAAGAGUAAAUACGGCUGAGCAGCUGAAAAAGAAAGAAAAAACAAAGAAGCUGUCUCUGCGAUCGCGUCCCUCUUUUUUCCCCGUCUUUAGAAGAUAUAUCAAGAUAUCAAGUGCUUGACGAGCAUUGGAGUUUGGGAUGCAAUGAAUAAAACGAUUCACGAUGGCUGACGCAUGUGAUGGCCAAUUCAUUCAGAUGAAAGGCAUCCUGCUUGACGAGGAGAUGAUGUUCCAUCUUGACAAGUAAAUUCAAUUAGCAUCAAGGUCGGAAGGAUUCGCCAGAGUCUGCACCGAUCCAAUUAUACUGGACAUUGAUUCGAUGCGCAGACUCAACGCCUUCACUGACAUUGAUACAGUCAGCCACAACAAAUCCAGAAAAUUCAAAAGAGCAACAAUUAAAGAGAUAUGAACCUAUAGGACUCAUCGCAAACUCUGGUG